AUGUUCCGCGAAUUCCGGACGAGCGCCAUGGUUCAGGAGACGCUGGCGUCCUUGGGAAUACCGUUCCAGGCCAACUUCGCAGGAACCACGGGUGAGAUGGUGCUUAUAACGGGUACUUUCUUCAGCUUACAGCAGAAAGUUUUAGUUCGAGCGAGCGCCAUGGUGCAGGAGACGCUGGCGUCCUUGGGAAUACCGUUCCAGGCCAACUUCGCAGGAACCACGGGCGUGCUAGCAAGCAUCGGAACUGGGGCACCACCCAUAGUGGCGCCCCGAGCCGACAUGGUCGCGCCGCCCAUCACAGAGGAAACAGACAUGCCGUUCAACUCUCAGUUCCUCCCUCUGCCCCUCCCUCCUUCCCGUUCUCCAGGUGUGGUAGCCACCAUUGGCACAGGCGAAGGUCCCAUAGUGGCACUGCGGGCCGACAUGGAUGCCCUUCCUAUCACGGAGGAGACGGACGUGCCCUUCAAGUCGCGCCAUCCCGGUGUCAUGCACGCAUGCAACCACGACGCCCACACCGCCCGCCAUGCUGCUCCUUGCGCUUUAACUCUUUGUACCACCCGACCCUAUGCCUUUCUGUUUAUCCCAGGCGUGGUUGCAACGAUUGGUACAGGAGCCGAGCCAAUAGUGGCACUGCGAGCGGACAUGGACGUGCUACCCAUCACGGAAGAGACGGACGUGCCAUUCAAGUCGCGCCAUCCUGGUGUGGUAGCAACCAUCGGUACAGGUGAAGGCCCGAUAGUGGCUCUGCGAGCCGACAUGGAUGCUCUACCAAUCACAGAGGAGACGGACGUGCCCUUCAAGUCGCGCCAUCCCGGUGCCAUGCACGCAUGCGGCCACGACGCCCACACCGCCAUGCUCCUCGCCGCUGCCCGAAUUCUCCAGGAGCGCUUCCGGGCAGGUACCUUGGGCGGCACGGUUCGUCUUAUCUUCCAGCCAGCAGAGGAAGGAGGGGCAGGGGGGAAGCGCAUGGUGGAUGGGGGGGCGGUCAAGGGCGCGUCUGCUGCCUUCGCCCUGCACGUCUCACCCAAGAUCCCAGCAGGCUAUGUGGGCAGUCGACCCGGGAUGCUGCUAGCAGGGUCAGGCCGGUUCAACGCCACAGUGUGGGGCAAGGGCGGCCAUGCGGCCAUGCCCCAGUUCGCUGCAGACCCGAUCCUCGCUGCUGCCCACAUCGUAUCAAGCCUCCAAGCGAUUGUAUCGAGGGAGACCGACCCUUUCGCUUCACGUGUUAUCUCAGUCACUCAGUUCCACGGCGGCUCGGCUGAUAAUGUCAUCCCCGAUACAGUCACGCUGCGGGGCACCUACAGAGCCACCACUAAAGACGGGCUCGCUGACCUGGAACGGCGCAUUGCUGACAUCAUCGACACGCAGGCGCGCGUGUUUGGAUGCCGGGGAGAGGUGGAUUAUGGGAUGAUGGAUGCUAACCUGCAAGCUGAUGCUGGUGCUGAUGGUGGUGGUGGUGAUGAAGCGACGAAGGCAGCAGAAUCAGAAUCAGAAGGUUUUUGCACAAACACAGCUGGCAAUACGGCUCAGGGCUCCUGUACUGCUAAAAGCUCUGGUGAACCUUCUUCCGAGCCUCUUUCCGAGCCUCUUGCCGACCCUCUCGGGUACGCCUGGCCGCCCAAGCGCAUCCCAGCCUACCCCCCCACGGUGAAUGACGUCAGCAUGCACGCGCUCGGCCGCGACGUGGUCCAGAAGCUUCUGGGAAGCUCCGCGUACCUGGAUGUAGAUCCGUGGAUGGCUGGGGAGGAUUUUUCUUUUUACCAGGAGGCUGUGCCUGGGGCCAUGUUCUUUCUGGGAGUGGGGGCAUCUGAGGUCAAUAGCAGCAGCAGCAGCAGCAGCAGCAACAGUCCGCCUCUGCAUUCCCCCAUGUUCACCAUUGAUGAAGCGGCUCUGCCCAUUGGCGUGGCGCUGCACGUGGGGUUCGUGCAGCAGUUUCUUUCACAGGGGCGGGCAGAGGCUUAG